GACAGGGUUAGGGUUUACCGGUGCAGCGCAGAAUAGAGAGAGAGGGGAUGGAUAGAUUUGGGGGAAGGUUUGAUGGAGGAAGAGGGUGAUACAACAGAGGAGGGAGAGAUGGGUGGUAGUACAGAAGGAAGGAGGAGGGGAGAAUCAUUACAGAAAUCUGCCACCAUGGGAGGAGAGGAGAGAGCUUGCUAGAGGAAGAGAGACCGGGAGGAUUCAAGAGAGACAGGAGUCUAGACAGGAAGUAGCCACCGGAGGAGGGGCUGAAGAGGGAGAAAGUGCGAAAAACAAAAACAAAGGAAAAGAAGAAGGCCCUGGGAUUGAGCAGGGGGAGGCCUCUGGAUCUCUGGAAAAAAGUGGACAGGAGCUGAUACAGCAACAACAGGUUUUGCUCAAUGCCUUGCUAGCACAAAUUUCACAAGGCAAAGUUAUUUCUGGCAGUGAGACAAACAUCAGAUCUGGGGCUGGUGCUGGACAGAGCCAUGGGGAAUUGAGUUCAGAAACAGUGGGACAAACAAGGGGGUGAAAUACUCCAAGAGUUCAGGGAAUCAAGGGAGAGAGGCUCUGGUGAUCCACAACAUAGGGGAAAUCAAGGACAGAGGGGAUUUGGUACUGGCAAUGGAGAUCAUUAUGCUAUUAGGAGUUCUCAGGAGGGAGGAAGGGCAGGAUUUGGAGGACAGAACAAGAUGUUCUGUAACAAAUGUAAAGACACAAAUCAUUUGACCAAAGACUGCCCCUUGGGCAUUGUGUGAUUUGUGGUAAGAAAAACCAUGUGACAGAUGAGUGCAACUGGCUGAAACAAAUCAAGCCAGUACCCAAAUUUGUUGGAUAUGCUGCCAGGGGGCUUGGAGUUCUGCUGGUUCAGAGUGCAAAAGAAGUCUUGGAAUUGGAAAACUCAAACCCUAUGGCUAUAAUCACAGUGGUGUCAGGAGUGACCAAUGAAACUCAAUUGGUUGACAGAAUGCAUUACAUGUUCAAUUGGAAUUGGCAGUGGAGGUGCAAGAAACAUGGAGAAAAUGCUUUCCUGGUCAGGUUCCCAAACAAAGGAAGAUUGGUUGAAUUGAGCAAAUGCAAUGACUUUACAUUGUUGGGUUCAGGUGCAGUGAUAAAUGUAAAAGGGUGGAGUUUUGACUCACAAGCAGUGGGCAAAUUACAUACUAUCUGGGCCUUAUAUGGAAAAGUUCCUAAGUGCUUUAGGCAUUUUUUGGGAUGUGUAAGGUGGCUGCAACUCUUGGACCUGUACUGGAGAUUGACAUGAACACCAUUGCUAAGGAGAAGAUUAGAGCAAAGAUUGUAAUAAGAGACUUUGAUAAAAUUCCAGCAUAUACUGAAAUCACAGAUAAAGACUUGAUGAUAUACAAGAUUGUUCCUGAACUAGAGAGUGUGGUAGAGAUGGGAUGGUAUGGAGAACAUAAGAGACAGGAGAAUGAGGGAAUAGAGAUGGAAACAGUGAGGAAGUCAUGAGGAAAAGACACAAGGGAGGAGAUGAUAAUGGAAUAGGGAAUAAAGAGAUGAUUUCUUUGGGAAGUUUGGGAUUAGCACAAUUUGAGGAGCUGAAGAAGAAAAACGAGGAAAUAAUGAGAAUUCAAAAAGAACAAGCUUUGGAGAUGGAGGCAAGAAGGAAAGUGGAGACAAGUAUGGAAAUGAUCAUGAAGAAAGUGACAGACCUAGAGGAAGACAAGGCAAGACAAAAAACUCUCAGAAUGAAAGAAGAAAAGAAAAUCAUGGAACUGGAACAAGACAAGAAAGUGCUCAUGGAACUGAUCAAUAAACAACAAGGUGUGAUUGAUAGAUGUGUGGACAAGAUUGAGAUGUGGGAAGCAAGAGAGAAAGAAAUGGAGGAGAUUACUGAUGCUGAUCUGAGAAUCAUGGAUACUGACAGAAAGGAAGAUGAGCACAAUAAUUACAAUGAGGCAGUGGACUUUAAUGUUAGCCAAGAAUUUGUUUCCUUUGGUACUAAGGUAGGGGUGCAAACAGGAGAUAAAGAAACAGGAAACAGUGAGACAGAGGAGGAGCAGUUGAGGAGGUGUGGGAGAUUGGCAGGCAAACAGGAUGCAAAAAUUGAAGAGUUGGCCAAGAAAAGAGCAACUGCCAAAGAUAAUUACGAGAAAAAAGCAGGAGGAAAGACUAAUACAGCUGAGAGCAAAGCUAAUCGAGCAGGUGGCAAGUGAGGUGUACAAGGUGACGCAGGGGUGGAGAAUGGGUGUUUGUCGUCUGGAGGCCUGAUCAGCGAAGAACCGGCCUUCCCCUUCCUCUUUUGUGUUAGCUUGUAAUCUUAAAACUUGCUUAAAUAACUAGUUGGUUUGGCGAUGGAUGUAAGCAAUGCUAUUCUACUCCUGUGUUGAUAGGGUGCGGGGGUAGUAGGUAGCUUUCCUAGAACUAGUGGUAUGGCCUGGUGCGCUGUAAGACUUCUGAACUCAGUCCGUUUUUGGUUUCAUUAAUGAAAUCGGAGGGAAACCUCUUUUAUUCAAAAAAAAGCUUAUCUGUUGGAUUGCCUUGCAAUUGACCUCGCGGUUGGACAAAUUACUCCCCUUUUUUAUACCAUCGUCUUGGAUCUGAGCAGAUCCUCUGUUUCACAGCGUACAGUUUGGUUGAUUUCAUCAUCUCCUCCAAUAAAAACUGCGGCGUCUUGUGGUGCCAAACUAACU